GCACAUCCACCUUAAAAAUAAUGCAUUUCACAUAAUUUUGAGCAAAAACAAGUAGCCCAUUGUUCAUUAACAGUAUUGAGAACACAAAGAAAAGUGAAUGUAACUUUAUUUAUUUUUAUUCAAGUUUGGACCAUCUAAAGAGGGUCGUUUUGCAAAUGUGGAUUUUAUUUUGAUGGGUAAUGCAGGAUAUGCCAAUUGUUAUCAAUGUUAGUUUUAACAUUGUUUAACACAUGCAUUCACAAAGCUGAAACGGGUGUUGCAUUGUGCUGUUGUCUAAACUUCAAUCAAACAUGGAAAACAACAAUAAAGACGAGACUUGCAGUUUAAAUAUGAACCCAGCUCGUUUUGGAAGUGAGCUCAAGGCCAGGAUGCAGCAGAUUAUAGAGGAACGCACAGAGGCCAACAUGUGGACGGCUCUUCUCAUUGGAGCUGUGACUGUUGUUUCCCUUGUGGGAGGUGUUGUGUUCCUUCUCUACAGAAGAUACAGGCUGUCAAAGGAGGAGACAGGCGUACCACAUUAUCGCUUUCGAAAAAGAGACAAGGUUAUGUUCUACGGCCGAAAGAUUAUGAGAAAGGUCCAGACAUUAUCCUCUCCCACCACCUCCUCCAACUCCAGUUCCCGGCAGAGGGUGCGGAAAAGGACCAAAGUCCUGUCUAUAGCUCGCAAGAUUCUCCGAUUUCAAAGGGAGCCCCCCUCCUUGCAGCCCAAGGAGCCCCCUCCCAGUUUGCUGGAGGCAGACUUGACAGAAUUUGAUGUGCAGAACUCCCACUUACCAUCUGAGGUGCUGUACAUGCUUAAAAAUGUCAGGGUUCUUGGCCACUUUGAGAAGCCACUCUUCCUUGAGCUAUGCCGUCACAUGGUCCUGAUCCAGCUGCACCAGGGAGAGGCUCUAUUCCGCCCAGGUGAUACAGAUGACAGUAUAUAUGUUGUACAAGACGGCCGCCUCGAGCUGUGCAUCCGCGAGAAUGACGGUACAGAUGCUGUGGUGAAGGAGGUUUUACAAGGAGACAGUGUCCACAGUUUGCUCAGUAUCUUAGAUGUUAUCACUGGCUACCCAGCUCCAUACAAGACGGUAUCUGCGAGGGCUGCUGUCCCCUCCGCUAUCCUGCGACUUCCAGCGGUAGCAUUUCAGUCAGUCUUUGACAAAUAUCCUGAAACACUGGUCCGUGUCAUCCAGAUCAUCAUGGUGCGUCUUCAAAGAGUGACCUUCCUGGCCUUACACAACUAUCUCGGCCUCACCACUGAGCUCUUCAACACGGAUAGCCAAGCCAUCUCCCUGGUGUCAGUGGCGAAUGUCUUAGGAGAGGUUCAUCCACUCAGAGGCCUCCGCAGGCAGGCUUCCCACUCAGAUGAGUCAGGGGCUGAAAAAGCAGACCCAGAAAAGACCAUCGGUUCUGAAAAUUCAAGUUCAAAAUAUAAGAAAUCUCGCUCACUCUCAACUCCAAUUGCUGUUUCAGGUGAUAUGUCAGUAGAUCUCAACAGAGUUUCUGAACGGGCUAGAGUUGAGGAGGCUGGGCCCUCUAGUCCAGUAAAGUCUAUUUUAAAGAAGACUGUGACAAUGCAGCAGACUCCUUCGGCAGUUUACCAUUACAGUGACGCUGGAACAGGAAAUUACCACCAUAAUAAAGUCAAUGCCAUUUUCCAAGCUGCCAAAAAGGACCUGCUGCAGGUCAUCCAGCUCCAGAACCCCGGUCUGCUGGAGGGUAGGGUCACUUUUCGCCAGAUCAAAGCCAAUUCAGUCGUGGCCCACCAAGGAGACCAGGAUGUGAGCGUGGCAUUUGUCAUCUCAGGUUUACUCCAUGUUUACCAGCGGAUGAUUGACCGUGAGGACGAGACUCUGCUUUUUGUGACCCACCCGGGAGAGAUGGUGGGACACCUUGCUGUGCUCACCGGGGAACCUCUCAUCUUCACCACACGUGCUCAUAAAGACUGCACAUUCCUCUCCAUAUCAAAGGCUCACUUUUAUGAGAUAAUGCGCGAGGAGCCCAGAGUGGUGUUGAAUGUAGCUCACACUGUAGUGAGGAGGGUGUCACCCUUCGUCAGGCAGAUUGACUUUGCCUUGGACUGGAUGGCUUUGGAGGCUGGCCGUGCUGUCUACAGACAGGGAGACAAGUCCGACAGCACCUUCAUUGUCCUCAGUGGCCGUUUGCGCUCUGUCAUUGCAAAGGAUAAUGGGAAGAAGGAGCUUGCAGGAGAAUAUGGCCGCGGAGACCUAAUUGGCGUGGUCGAGGCCCUGACCCACAUGAACCGAGCCACUACGGUCCAUGCUGUGAGGGACUCUGAGCUGGCUAAGCUGCCUGAAGGAGCUCUCAACUCCAUUAAGAGGAGGUAUCCUCAGGUCGUCACGAGGCUGAUUCAUUUGCUGGGACAGAAGAUCUUGGGCAAUAUGCAGCAGGUCAAUGGACCCUUGGUUGGUAUAAGUCUUCCCCUCCGGACUCCAAACAGUAAGUGGGAUGCUGGGAAUCCUGCCUCCAACCUGUCCACUGUGGCCAUUCUCCCGGUGUCUGAUGAGAUUCCUCUCAUGGCCUUCACCUUGGAGCUGCAGCAUGCACUUAGUGGUAUUGGCCCUACAUUACUCCUGACAAGUGACAUCAUUAAACAGCUCCUGGGCUCUGCUGCUUUGGACAGUGUCCAUGAGUACCGUUUGUCCAGCUGGCUUGGCCAGCAGGAAGACAUCCACCGCAUCGUCCUUUAUCAAUCUGACUCGGGCCUUACUCCUUGGACGCAACGCUGCAUCCGCCAGGCUGAUUGCAUCAUUAUUGUGGGACUUGGCGAACAGGAGCCAACAGUGGGAGAGUUGGAGCAAAUGUUGGAGAGUAGUGCUGUUAGAGCCCAGAAGCAACUUGUCUUGCUGCACAGGGAGGAUGGGCCCCCUCCCAAAGGGACUGCUGAGUGGUUGAACAUGCGAAGCUGGAUCUCCAGACACCAUCACCUGUCCUGUCCUCGCAGAGUUUUCUCCAGGAGGAGUUUGCCUAAAUUGAGAGAGCUGUAUCAGCGUGUGUUUGAAAAGUGUCCAGAUCGUCACUCGGACUUCUCUCGCCUGGCCAGGAUUCUAACAGGAAAUAGCAUUGCUGUUGUGCUAGGUGGAGGAGGUGCUAGGGGUUGCUCCCAGGUUGGUAUUAUCCGGGCACUGAAUGAGGCAGGGAUCCCUGUGGACAUUGUCGGUGGCACCUCCAUCGGAUCUUUCAUGGGAGCGCUGUAUGCAGAGGAGAAAAGCAACAGUCGAAUGAGGGUCAGGGCUCGUGAAUGGGCUAUGGAUAUGACAUCGCUCUUGAAGAAGAUUGUGGACCUAACUUACCCUGUCACGUCUAUGUUUUCUGGGGCUUCGUUUAACUCUGGCAUUAGCUCUGUUUUUAAAGGCAAACAAAUAGAGGACUUGUGGCUACCAUACUUCAACAUUACAACAGAUAUCACAGCUUCCUCCAUGAGAGUUCACACUGAUGGUUCACUGUGGCGUUAUGUCCGUGCCAGCAUGUCACUGUCUGGUUACCUCCCUCCUCUUUGUGAUCCCAAAGAUGGACACCUUCUGAUGGAUGGGGGUUACAUCAACAAUCUGCCUGCUGACGUGGCUCGCUCGAUGGGUGCCAAAGUUGUGAUUGCUGUAGAUGUAGGAAGCCGAAAUGAAACCAACUUGACCAAUUAUGGUGAUUCCCUGAAUGGGUGGUGGCUUCUCUGGAAACGAUUCAACCCUCUAGCUGAGAAAGUCAAGGUCCUUAAUAUGGCCGAGAUCCAAACGCGGCUUGCUUAUGUUUGUUGCGUCCGACAACUGGAGUUGGUUAAAGACAGUGAGUACUGUGAAUACAUCCGGCCUCCCAUCGAUCGCUAUGGCACACUGGAGUUUGGCAAGUUUGAUGAAAUUGCUGAAGUGGGAUACCAGCAUGGGAAGACGCUGUUUGAUGUUUGGCGGCGGAGCAAUGUGGUGGACAGCAUGCUUAAAGACAGACAUCAGGAGGAGUUCCAUAAGACCAAAAGUAGUCAUGUGGUCACAUGUCCAAAUGCCUCCUUCACUGACUUGGCCGAGAUUGUGUCACGGAUUGAGCCUGUCAAGAAUGCGUUGAUUGAAGAGGAACUAUCAGAAGACUACCAGACUGACUAUGAUGAGGAGGCGGUAGAGAGCCCUCUGUCCGAUUUUGAGACGUUCAUGCCUGGCAGCGAAUAUACAGAGGGAGAGGAGACAGUCGAUACCGCCGAAACGGUACGUCCUAACAAACAAGUCAAAGCUCUUGCAAUGAAAUUCAAAUACCGUUUGUCAAUUUGCACACAAUUAGAAUUUUCUUUCUCGGUGAUUACAAGUAUGGCUUUAAACAUAUGAUAAUGAUGAUGAUGA